AAAUGACAACACUAACAGAAGUCUGAUUUCUUUUGUCACUUAGACUAUUUUCCUUAAGCAGUUCUACAACACGGUCAACCGUGACCUUAAGAUGGAGUUAAACUCAAACAGCACCUAUGAUUAUUACCCAUAUGUGUAUGAUUAUGGAGAAGAGUUAAUCCCAAUGUGUGAGGUCGAUGACUACAGAAAAACGACCGGCGUGUGCUACGCCACGAUCUUCUGCCUCAGCAUCCUUGGAAAUGGCCUCGUCGUGUUUGCGUUCACCUGCUACGAAGACCUGAACAGGGCCACCAACCUUUUCAUGUUCUGUUUGGCUCUUUUUGACCUUCUGUUCACACUCACAUUGCCUUUCUGGUGCGUGGAGCUUCUUCAUCACUGGGUCUUUGGAGAUGUUGCCUGUAAGAUCAUGACCGGGGCCUAUUUCGUAGGCAUCUAUGGAAGCCUCAUCCUUCUCACCGCCAUGACCCUCGACCGUUUUGUUGUGGUUGUGGUCAGAAGUCAAUGGUUAACACGGAGUCGAAGGCUCAAAUGUUCAAAGGCCGCCUGCAUUGGUGCAUGGAUCAUAAGUUUGAUUGCUUGUCUGAGAGAUUCAAUAGCCGCAAAGGCAGAAGAUGUACAUAUCAACAUAUACUCAUGUCAAAGUCCCAAUACAGUUAAUGACAAUGUCGGAUAUUACGCUCAGCUCAUUCUGCUGUUUCUUGUACCGUUUGCCAUCAUUGUUUGCUGUUACACCAAAAUAAUUUUGACCCUCAUGUCAAUAUCGACCAGGCAGAAAUACAAAACUGUGAUUCUGGUGCUGUGCAUUGUUAUCGCUUUCUUCAUAUGCUGGGGGCCGUAUCAUAUCAUCAUUGUGUUGAUGUCCAUCUAUACCUUUGAUCCCUGUGAACAUUAUCAGCUGCAUAUUGCAUUUAUCAUCUGCAGGAUUCUGGCGUUUUCCCACUGCUGCAUAAACCCGGCGCUGUAUAUUGUCUUUGGGAAGUACAGAAAUCUCUUGUCAAGUUUAUUGUUCUGCUCGCCUGAACUCAGAGGACCAAGUGAUCCCAGCGACUCCAGGAUUCAGCCGUACAUGAAUGAACACUGAAUGGCAUGCAUUAUAGUUUUGUAUUGUAAUAUUUGUGUCUUUGAGGUUGCUGUCUUCGGAGAAGUGUGGACUAGUUAGAGCUGUAAUGUAGGCUUAUGUUUCAUGAAAAUUCUGAAAGAGGAACAGAGACCAAAAAAGCAGAUGAAAAACCAAAUGUGAUAGCAAAAAAUGCUGAGAAGUGAUUUUCUACUGUGCAGUAAAAUAACUAAGAAAUAAAAAGAGGAAAUGUCA